AUGCGCCGUCCUCGCGCACCUCCAACAAAUGCAGCAGUAUUCAUGGAGACCAACGACCCUGUGCGUGGUACACUCGGUGGCCCGGCAUCUGUAUACAUAGAAGGCCUCGGCCGCCUUGGGUCUACAGCGGAGGCCAGGACGCAGGAUAAAAUCAAUGUUGAAAUGUGGAAGGAAGCCGACGAGGAGAUCAACCAGCUUUUUGCUUUAAUAGUCCAGGUCCGCGCGAAGAUGGACAGAAAAAGCUCCAGCACCCAGCAGCAGCAAACAAGUCUAAACUUGCGACAGUGCACGUGGGAGCAAGUCAUGGGAGAAGUUCAGUCAUUGGCGACACGAUGGUCAACGAGCCCCAAGAAAUCGUCAAAGAUGAUGAUAUAUCUGGAAAAACUCGGACAAAACUCAGAUGCCUUCAAGUCCUGGCUCGAGCUGCUACCGGCAGGUGAUUAUGGUUCCAGCAUAUGUGGUAUUUUUACAAUUGCGGUCGGGGCUGCUGGUGCCUUCUCAAAGGUUGAAGCCAUCAUCCUCGAAACAUUAGCUGAAAUUCCUGAGGUACUGGAUGACGCCAAACGUUACAUCGAGAUAUACGGCAAAUAUCGAGACCAGCUUCUAGAGAAAAAGACCUUCGAGCUCUACAUGUCAAUCCUCACGGCCUUGAAGCACGUCAUGCAAUUUUUUGUGGACAGCUCAUGGAGCAAGGUCUACCAGCCAAUUCUCAAGCAGUCAUCCUACAAGAGCGAGCUGCUCGAGAGCUGCAAGGACAUCAAAUUACGAGCAAGUCGCGUCAAGAACGAGGCCAACAUCUGCAUGCAGAGACGCAUAGUCGAACUGAAUCAGGCAAUCCACCUUCAACACGAUGUUCUGGGUGAAUCGAGCGGAAAGAUGGACCAGACUCUCGCUAUUUUGAAGAAUCUGUACUAUAAACUUUUUCUCAGCUCAGAAGCUCGAUUCCUCCCCAUUUUUGGACAGCAAGAUUACAUCGUUCAAGACAUACAAGCAACCAAAAACAAGAAGCCAGUGGAAGACAACCGUGAACACACCGAGAUGUGUCUGCGCCUUGGAGCCGCACUGGAUGAGGCAGGCAGAGCCAGAGCGGCCGCCCUCGUCGAUAACCUCACAUUCAAAAAUUUCAUGACAGAAACUGCAUCAUCCAGUGCCCUUCUCAUCAAUGGAAAUGAAGACCUAUCUAGCGCAGAAGGCGUCUCGCCUCUCAGCCUCGUGGCAGCCAGACUUGCCCAGAUAUCUGAGCAAAAUGAGACCACCCAGGGUCUUACCCUGAGAUAUUUCUGUGCCGAGCACAGCCACUACGGCAGGGAGCAUCAAAAUCUGUCCCCGGCAGCGACCAUGAUGGCCAGUCUCACAGGCCAGCUCGUCAGCCACAUGUUGAGCCGAUCCGUUGCGGUCGAUCUCUCCUUUUUAGAACCAGAGAAUUGGGCCGUGCUGGAAGAAAACAACCUCAAGGUGAUUUGCACCGUCUUCUUCGAGCUUGUGAAGCAGCUCCCGCCGAAUACAAUUCUUCUCUGCAUCCUCGACGAGGUCGGAUUGUACGAGACAGGUGUGCCAAAGCGCGAUGCGGAUACAGUUGUCAGGAGAUUGGUCCGACUCGUAGAGGCGUCUGAUGAGAUUGUUUUCAAGCUUUUGGUCACUUGUCGAGGGCGAGCUUUGGGCAUCGGCCAGUAUUUUACCCGGCAUACGCUCGAUCUCGAUGAAGAGGUCGAAGCAGAUGACUCUUCAACGUGGAAAAUUGCCAGCAUAGGAUCAAAAACAUGA